AUGCAUCCUGGACGACGUCUGUUCACCACCAUGUGUUCGGACGCGAGCGCUGGAGAGUUUGCCCUAUUCAACAUUCGGUUCCUCAAAACGGCUAUCACGGUAAAGGACAAUAUCAUACGACUUACACAACGAUUCGUACUCCUGGACGAAAUGGAUUCCACACUAUGCCAAUCUGAAAGAAUCUCGCAGCAAGCUCUAGAAAAAUGGAAGGGAGAAAGGACGGCAAAAAGUGUUGAAAUGGAUAGCAUCAUGACGACCGAUAAAACUGUUCGAAAGGUUGAGAGCAUCAUCGCCGAGAUCGAGUCUGAGAUAAGCGAGACGAUGAACUCCUUGCCCGAAGGUAAAUCUCGCCUCCAAAAGCAACCGCUUGAAGACGCAAAUGUGUCACUGGAACACUCGAACUCCUGUGUGAAAGAAAUGAAAGGAACAAAAACGGUUGAAGGAGAAGAUGAACCUCACGUUUACGACAUGGAGACAGAGUAUCGCAAUGCAGAACGCCGAUCGGAGGAACACCAAGAAGACUCAAACGCACAAGAAUUUUCCGAUGAAGUUUAUCUACUUCGGCUGAUUUGCGAGAACUCCAUAGAAGAAGAAGAGAAGGAAGUCAAUAUUGAGAGGGGUUCACAGGCCGACUACCAGCCAAAACGCUCCAUCCAGGAUUUCAUUAGAGAUCUCGAAGAUUUAGGCAUGGUUUACGCCUACUCCCCACUCGUCGAAUAA